AUGCUGACCCAUUUGGGCUGUUCCGAACCACAGUCAGCACAUCUCUCAUUGCCUGGUACUCGCCGGAUCUGUUCAAAUGUAGUCGCGACAUCUGGUACAGAACAGGCCCCUACUUUUGCUGCAUUCUUAGUUGCAUUAUUUGGUAACAUCCGACUUUCUGACUUGGUGGAAGAAAUGGGAUGGCUCUCCUAUAAGAAAAAUAUUGCUGUUGCUUUGAGGAAAAUUCUAGUAAUGAAGUACAUGACAUACAACUUCGUCGCUCUCAUGUAG